CAGCACAGCUCUGCGCUAUCCGGCACAGUGAGUCAGCUGAGCAGCCCGGGAUCACAGGCGCCGGUUCGCGCUCCGAUGAAUGAAUGAAAUGAGAGAAAGAGAAAGAGAGAGCGAGAGAGAGGGAGAAAAGGCGACAGAGAGGACACUUUGCAGGAUCUGGAUACAGAAAGGCGAAUGUGCAACUCUGGAGAGUCUGACAUGGGAAUACUGAAGCAAGCUUGUUGACGCAUAAUCCCGCCCGCCCCGCUGGCACUGGGAGGGGGCAAAUCUAGCCUGCCUAAACUCAAAUCCUCCAAAAGAGAUUUACGGAGUGAGCUGCUGCGGGCUGCCACCUUCAAGAAGACAUAACAUUUCAUUCAUUUUUUUGCUCAGGCGCGCUGUGGCGAUGAUGAUUAAUAUUUUUUUGGGGGGAGAUAAUAAUCUGAAGCAGAGGACGUAAUGCGCUUUAAUAAUUAGGCUGUUACAUCCACUGGUGGAAUCGGAACUGUCCCUGCGUCUCGGACGGUGGGCUGUUGGAUGCGUCCUGAGGUGCGGACAGGACCUGCCCGUGCAGCAUCAUCAUCAUUAUUAAUAUCAGCAUCAUCAUCAUCGCCAUCAUCAUCAUCACAGGUAUUUGAUCGCGAUUGUGUUGAUUACACCGGAGAGCUGGAGCCAUGACAGGCCCCCCGCUGGUCCCACGGCCCGCCUGCUGACGGUACCGGGCAGGAUGGGAGCAGGUCUGCCGCUUUCAGGAUCCCGAACCAGCCGAUUUAUCAAUGGAGGAGGAGAGUGACACCCGGAAAAUCAACAACAGCUUCCUUCGCGACCACAACUAUGCAACCGAAGCUGACAUUAUCUCAACGGUGGAGUUUAACUCAUCGGGGGAGCUGUUGGCCACCGGGGAUAAAGGAGGCAGAGUGGUUGUCUUCCAGAGGGAGCAGGAGAGCAAGAGCCAGCCCCAGCGUCGAGGGGAGUACAAUGUUUACAGCACAUUCCAGAGCCACGAGCCGGAGUUUGACUACCUGAAGAGUUUGGAGAUCGAGGAGAAGAUCAACAAGAUCAAAUGGCUUCCUCAGCAGAAUGCCGCCUACUUCCUGCUGUCCACCAAUGACAAGACAGUGAAGCUGUGGAAGAUCAGUGAGAGAGACAAGCGUCCGGAGGGCUACAACCUGAAGGAUGAGGACGGACGGAUCAGAGACCCAUCGACUAUCACGUCGCUACGGGUGCCAGUGCUGCAGCCCAUGGACUUGAUGGUUGAGGCUACUGCCAGGCGUGUUUUCAGCAAUGCCCACACCUACCACAUCAACUCCAUCUCUGUCAACUCCGACCUUCAGACAUACAUCUCCACUGACGACCUGAGGGUGAACCUGUGGAACCUGGAGAUCACUGAUCGCAGCUUCAACAUUGUAGACAUCAAACCAGCCAACAUGGAGGAGCUGACGGAAGUGAUCACCUCGGCAGAGUUUCAUCCCCAGCAGUGUCACACCUUUGCCUACAGCAGCAGCAAGGGCUCAAUACGCCUCUGUGACAUGAGACAGGCCGCACUCUGCGACAAGCACUGCAAAUACUUUGAGGAGCCAGAGGAUCCCUCCACUCGCUCCUUUUUCUCUGAAAUCAUCUCAUCCAUCUCAGACGUGAAGUUCAGCCACAAUGGGCGCUAUCUGAUGACAAGGGACUACCUCACUGUCAAGGUGUGGGACCUUCAAAUGGAGAACAAACCACUAGAGACAUACCAGGUUCACGACUAUUUAAGGGGCAAACUUUGUUCUCUGUAUGAGAAUGACUGCAUCUUUGACAAGUUUGAGUGUGUCUGGAAUGGAUCAGACAGCGUCAUAAUGACCGGCUCCUAUAACAAUUUUUUCCGAAUGUUUGACCGUAACACCAAACGUGACGUCACACUGGAAGCAUCCAGAGAAAACAGCAAACCCAGAGCCAUUCUCAAGCCUCGCAAGGUGUGUGUAGGUGGGAAACGCCGUAAGGAUGAGAUCAGUGUAGACAGCUUAGACUUCAGCAAGAAGAUCCUACACACCACGUGGCACCCACAUGAGAACAUCAUCGCUGUAGCUGCCACCAACAACCUCUACAUCUUCCAAGACAAGGUCAACUAAAGGGCAAUCUGCGCCCUGCUGACCCGUGGCCCCCGUACAUGUGAGGGGCUACAGGGAGAGGAAGGGUUGGAGAAGUAGAGAGAUAGAGCCCUUAUCUACAUCCUUCUCGUCCUCUCCCUAUGUCUUGUUGCUGCUGGUCUUCAAUUUUGCAGCUCGGCUGAGUAUCCAGUGUCUGAAGUGGACUGUAUGAAUUUUGGGAAGCGGGGAAUUGACACAACCUGGAUACAACCUGAGGAAAAAAAAUUCCUUUAAAUCAAGAAUGGACUGUCAUUCUUCAAUGUGACUUAUACUUUAAUUUAUUUAGCCAUGCGGACAUCUAAGGAAGUGAAUUGCAUUUAUGCAACAAGAGGAUUGCUGCAUGAAUAACAUGAUGUAGCAGCCCUCUGGACCCUGAAGAAAGGGGCUGAUGUGGGUACACUCGACACAAAAUAGAGCACACAGACAGAAACCAAGCUUACAUGACAGUGGCUCACUGUCAUGUAGCAACAGUGCCCCCUCUCUUUCACUCUGCUCAUGCUACAGUGCAUGUGAUCACAGUUUUGGACAGUGUAACCUGCUGCAGAAUUCCUACAGAAGAGGAAGAGACUGUUAACUCUGACCCCAGAAACUAAGUGUUUCUCUCUGCCUGUGACACAACACGGUCAGUCUUUCUAGCACCAAUUCUGUGUCUCCCUGCUGAGACUGCUGUAGUCUGUAAUGUGAAUGAAGCCCUUCCAGGCUGUGUCAAUGGUUUUAUUUAAUGCUGUUGUUUUAUUGAGUCCUUCUCUCGGUCAGUGAGUCUGUUUAGAAGCUGUGGUGCCUUCUUUUGGUAUGUGGGGGUUCGAUGUAGUGGGCGCGGGAGGGGGGGGGGACUGAGUACAAGGCAGGAGUGCGAAUGUUUAAAAUGAAAUGUUAACUUAGGAAGUUUUCUUUUGGUUUUUUUUUUUUUUUCUCUCUUUCUCUCUCUAUAAACAAAAACAAAAAAAGCUCCACUGAGGUCCCAAGUGGAGAAAGUGCUUGAAGCGGUGUAGUCAUGAUUACAUUAAAGCACUGGCUACAUGCUUGUGAGUUCAGGGGAGGACGCUGUGAUGUGUACAAAGUCAUUGUUGCUCUUAUCACAUAGCAGUCAGUCAGAUGUCAUCAAUUUGCCAGAGACACGACAAAGCCACAAUAAAAUAUUUUCGCAAGAUUCAUGCUGAAAAAAAAGAAAAAUACUGCAUCGCUCACCACGUUUAUUUGGAUAGUGCUUAAAAUGAUCUGUAGAUGGUGAAACCGUGACCUUUUCAUGUCCAAUAUUACUGAAAGUCACCUUCAGAUUUCUUGGCAUAACAUAAUGCUAGCCUAGCUCUUGAACUUGUUUUUGCAUGCAUUGGAUCUGAAUCUGAUGAAGCUGAUAGCCUGCAUAAAGUUAUUUGAACAUCUACAGAUCAUCUGAGGCACUAUGCAAAAUGUUUCUUGCUUUGUCCAGAAGGAGCCAGUUUAAAAAAGUUUGAUUUAAGAUUGCUGUGGUGCCUGUCCACGUUCCUCCUCUUGGUGAAGAUGGGUGACGUGAGCUGGUAGAAGGUUGUGUUUCAGCACUUGGCUCUCUGAUCUCACUUGUCUCAGAUUUGUGUUAUGAGCCAGCUCCUAUAAAGGAAAGCAGUCAAAGGUCUAAAUGAACUCUGUGAAAUCAGGGAAUUAUUAAGUGUGAUUCCUUUAAACAUUAAUGUCUUCUAGACAACCUCCUUUGUGACACUUCUAAUUGAAACAAAAAAAAAAACCUUUUAUAGCUCAGAAUGUAUUGAAAUGCAAUUAAUUACCAUGCAGUCUUUAUGCUUACUGGACUUUCUUUGAAUAAAAAAGAAUAAAGAUGUGCGACUUCAAAUCA